AUGGCGAACGCGACCAUGACGUCCGAUCUCCCACCACUGCCGGCAUACGAGACCCAGCCAAUGCCCGACCUCCUGCCCUUUAUCUCGGACUUUUGGCUCGGACUCAUCCUACCGCACAUCGCGUACUGGGUCGUAUCAAUGUUCUUCCACUUUAUCGACGUCUACGACCUGUUCCCGCAAUAUCGGCUACACACACCAGACGAGAUCACGCAGCGCAACCUGGCAUCGCGGUACGAGGUGGCCCGAGAUGUUAUUAUCGAGCAGAUCAUCCAGAUCGCGUCAGGCGCCGUCCUGUCAUUGACAGAACCACAACAAACGACAGGCAUGGAGGAAUAUGACGUUGCCGUCUGGGCAACCCGCAUUCGUCUGGCGCAGCGAGCGUUGCCGUCCAUUCUCGGAACGCUCGGUCUCAACGCCGCGGCAAUCUCCAAGAACAUGGCUACAUCUUACCCGCUCCUUGCCGGCGCCCUCGCCGGCGGGCACUACCCGUCCCUCACUACAACCUUUGACGAGGUCACCGGCACCGCUGUCCCGGCAUUCGCGACAUGGGAGCUGUUGCUCGCAAAGGCCAUCUACUGGGUGUUGAUCCCCGGCUUCCAACUUUGGCUCGCCACCUGCUUCCUCGACACCUGGCAGUACUUUAUGCACCGGGCGAUGCACCUCAACAAGUGGAUGUACACCCACUGGCACAUCCGCCACCAUCGCCUCUACGUCCCCUACGCCUACGGCGCCCUGUACAACCACCCGGUAGAAGGAUUCUUCAUGGACACGCUGGGCGCCGCGGUCGCGUACAAGUGCGCUUUCCUCAGCCAGCGCGCGGGCAUGUUCUUCUUCGUGGCCAGCAUGGUCAAAACGGUUGACGAUCACUGCGGGUACGCGCUGCCGUGGGACCCGCUGCAGCACCUCACGAGUAAUAACGCGGCGUACCACGACAUACACCACCAGAGCUGGGGCAUUAAGACCAACUUCUCGCAGCCCUUCUUCACCAUCUGGGACCGGUGGCUCGGGACCAUGUGGAAGGGAGAUGUGAAGCUCAAGUAUGAGCGGGAGAGGGAGAAGGCGAAGGAGAAGGCUGGGAGGAGAGAGGAGGCGGUGAAUGGGAAUGGGAAGGCCGAGGUGGCGAAGUAG